AUGUUGCUUCUUGGAGAUUAAAUAAAAUUAAUCAAUCCUCCUAUGGCAUACUACAUUAAAUAUUUCGCAAUUAAAAAGGUUCUUACCUAUAUCAAUAGUAAUUUCAAAGUACCCAAUUUUAUUGUAUUCUUUCCUAUUAUCAAUUCAAUAGAUUAUAGACAAACAAAUAACUAUAAUUAGAUAAGAGAUAGAUUUAUUGAGGAAAUAAAAUGAAUAAAGAUUUUAAUCCUUUGAAGUAGAUAUGCGAAAUGUUGAGGAUUCAGCAUUGAGACUCUUUAAUCAUAUAGAUGAUAUGGAAAGACAAGGAUAAGAAGAAUUAUGUUCAUCCUUUAUAUUUGUAGUACACCUAUUUUCACUCCUAGCCUUUUUUAAACCUCAUAGAGAUGAUUUUCAUGAAAAAAGUAGAAUCUAAUACUAUUAUAGAGAAAUAUUCUUAAUAUAAAGCAAUAGAAUAAUAUAAUAAAAUGGAAAAGAGUGGAAUCUACAUCAACAAUUAGAAGAUAAACAUAGGCGCAUUUGUUGAUAGUUAUUUAUUUGAUAUCCCUCCAGAGAAAAUAUAUAGUUAGCCAUCAAUAUAAGGUAUUGAACCUCCUAAAAUUGGAAAGUUUGAAUGGAAAAAAACAUAAUAGCUUGAAAAAUAUGAGAAUUUAGAGAAGGAAUCGAAAAUAAAAAUAAGGGCAGCUAUUUCAGAACUUGAUUUUAAACAAUAUAAAAAUGCAAAAUAACAAAUUAUGGCAGCUAUUGAAUUAUUAGAUAAUUUAUUAAAAUGA